CACUAUGGGAUAUGUUUACAGAAGUCUAGGGGAUAACAUGGCUUGAGAUAUUGACAUGAAAAUUUAAAUCUUGUUGGAAAUUGUGACAUUUAACAUACAUUUUGCAUGGAAUACUUAAACUUACUGAUUAAAAAUAGCUUCAAAGCACACAAAGUCCUUCAAAGACUCAAUGUCAAUGGCAUCUGAUUUGAUCCAUGACUUUGUCUGCUCUCCGUGUCAUGAGGACAAGCUUAAUAGUGAGGCCAAACAUUUCUGUAGGGACUGCUCCAAAUACUACUGUGACAAAUGCCUGACUUUUCACUCCAAAAUCCACAAACAGCACACUGUGUUGGGCCAAAAGGAUGUGGACAAGUGGGUGGGGCAGGGCGACAGCCUCAUUUCAUGUGACCUUCACCCACAAGAGGUCAUUAAACUUCUGUGUGAGGACCAUGCUGAGAUGUGCUGCCACCUCUGUGUGUCCUUGAAUCACAGGAUGUGCAGAAGCAUUAGCUUGAUCUCAGACCUAGCUAAGGGUGUAUACAAGAUUGCCAAUUUCAAGCAGCUUCCAUGCAAGGUUGCUAAGGUAACAACAAGUCUAAACCAGGUCAGAGAGGUCAAAAAGAAGAACCAAGGCUCCUUGAAGACCUCUGGCAAAUCCAUGCUGACAAAGAUCAAGGACUUAAGGAAGUCACUGAACCAGCUGCUGGAUGAGCUGGAGAAGAGGACAGUCAAACAGAUGGACAGCGUCCUGGCUGACCUGGAUGUCACACUUCAGAAGGACAUUGACUCCUGCACACUCAUACAUGACCAGCUCAAGGCCUUGAUGGACACCAUCCAAUCCCAGGGCAAGGACGAUGAGUCAAGCUCCUACAUUGGCUUCAGGAAGUGUGAAGAGAAGAUGGCAGAAGCCAACAGCCUGCUCCAGGAGAUGUCCACAAAACCUGAAUUGACCGCCACUUUCAAGCCUGAUACCAGAGUUACACAACUGCUGUCUGAUAUGCAUUCAUUAGGCAAGCUCCAGUGUAAUCAGGAAACACUGACAGGCCAUCAAAUGUCUGACAUGAAGUCUUCUGAACAGGUCAGGCCAUUGCAUGAUAUAUCAAGGGUUUACACAGUUAAAAACAAAUCAACCUUCAAUGUGAACAUCAAGCAAGAUACAGCUACAUGUUAUAUUGUGGGAAUUACAGAACUUCCAUCAGGUGAGAUUAUUCUUGUAGAUAACAGAAAUAACAGAGUGAAAAUAUUGAACAGGGAGUAUAAGGUAAUAGCCCAAUAUGAUGUCCUUCAAAAGCCCCAGGACAUCUGUCAUGUGACUGGUAAUCAGGUGGCUGUAGCAGUAGACUGUGUUAAUCCUGUCAGGCAUGAGGUCCACUUUCUCACUGUGACAGCUGACACCAUCAAGAUGACCAGGAAGUUCUCAGUUGAUCAUCACUGCAUGUCCAUCAGGCACCAUGGGGACCAGCUGUAUGUGGGCUCCUAUACAGCCCUGUACCUAGACACCACAGACGGCAAGCAAGUCAAGAAAAUGUAUAAAGACACAUCAGGAGGGUGGGCAGUGGCUCAAUUUGCUUUAAACCAAGAUGGCAAGAGGAUAUACAUCUGUGACAGGGCCAAGAGCAAAAUCAUUACAAUUGACAACACUGGCAGCAUUCUAGCCACACUGAAGGAUCCAGACAUUGUAAUGCCACAUGGUGUACAUGUGAGUGAGGGUGGACAUGUGUUUGUGUGUUCAUGGGGCUCCAACACAGUGGUGCAGGUUGACCAGGAAGGCAGGAAAAAGCUGACCACACUGGUCAGGUGGGGAGAGGGCAUCAAAUAUCCAUGGGCAGUUUGGUACAGCACCCACACUGGCAGACUGAUUGUGGGUGGAGAGGAAAAUGACAUUCUGGUAAUGGAACUCCAGUAGAGAGACAGUUAGAAAGUCAACAAUAGUUGGAAAUAGUUGAUGAAGUGAUGGAAGGAAAACAUUGAGAGAGACAGAACAUCAGAUGCAAACCAGUAAUAUUACAUAUUGUAACUGUAACUACUUGAAUGUGUUAAUCAUAUUUUAACUAUGUGUAAUUUAAUUCAUAAUACUCUGUAUGCUAUUCUAGAUUUUACUUAUUAGACUUUCAAAAUACAUUGAUAAACCAGAAAAAAAUAAUCUGCACAAGGGCAAAUCCUUUUCAAAAAUUAGAUCGGAUAAGAUAUUUUUUAAGUAUUGUUGGGAAAUAAAGGGCCCUAACUCCUAAAUGAUUAAAGCGAUUUCCAUGGCUAUCGAACUUGAUCAAGGUAUUAUGGUCACAAACAUGUGUUAAAAGUUUGGUGAGGAUUGGACAAACAGUUUUCAAGAAUUAUAUCGGAAACAAUCUUCGGGACGUAUUUUUCAAGUCUUUUUUUGCAAAUAAAGGGCCGUAACUCCUAAAUGACAAAAGCGAUUUCCAUGGCUAUCGAACUUGAUCAAGAUAUUAUGGUCACAAUCAUGUAUGUAAAGUUUGGUGAGGAUUGGACACAUACUUUUCAAGAAUUAGAUUGGAAACAUAUAUUUUUGAAGUAUUUUUGGCAAAAAAGGGCCGUAACUCCUAAAUGACUAAAGCGAUCUUGAUCAAGAUAUUAUGGUCACAAACAUGUGUUUAAAGUUUGGUGAGGAUUGGACAAACGGUUUUCAAGAAUUAGAUCGGAAACAAUCUUCGGGACGUACGUACGUACAGACAGACAGACGUACGUACGGACAAGGGCAACCCUAUAUGCCGCCACUUUGUGGGGGCAUAAAAACAGAAAUAGUGUAAAUUUAACAAGUAUGUGUGUUUGUUUAUAUUUGAUAAUUGAUAUCUGUAAUUGUUAAAACCUUUUUAAAUUUACAUUUGUAUCAUGCAAUACCUCAUGAAAUGAUUCAAUAUUAUUAUAAAUCAAACAGCACAAUUUAGUAUCACCAAAAUCAAAUAUCCUAAUUUAGUAUCAUCAAAAUCAAAUAUUCUUAUUUAGUAUCAUCAAAAUCAAAUAUUCUAAUUUAGUAUAAUCAAAAGUUAUGUUAGUUGAUGUAUAUAUUAUUAUCAUUUAAAUUUCAUAACUGUUGAAAUACAGUACAUUGUAAGAACUUUUUUAAUUUACAUCUGUAUAUUGCACUAUAUAUCUCAUGAAAUGAUUUAAUAUUAUCAAAAACAAAUAAAGUGAUUAACCGUAGUAUCACCAAAAGAAAUAUCCUGAUCUAGUAUCCUAAUAAACAAAUUGAGUUGG